AUGUAUGCAGAAUGUUUUGGUCGUCUUGGUACUAAUAUGUUCCCCAAUGUCAUAGUGUCUGAAGUGUUCUCUGAUCAAACCUGGGAUGGAUCCUCUGAGGGCUGUUUCUUAUUUGGUUGUUCCAAGGACAUGAUCAGGAACAAAAGAGACAAACAGGAAGAACACAAGUCUAAACAAGCACAAACAAGCAACAGCAGAUUUCUGGAUGGCAAAGUUUUAAAACCACCAAAUAUUCAUUGUGUGUCUGUCCCAUCGGGAGAUCAGUCUUUGUCCUACAUUCAUGCCCUCCAAAAGCCAUCCCUUAGAGCUCGGUCUUUAAGACAACAUGUAGGACAUCACCAGCAGAUCAUAUGCCGAGGGCCAUCAGAGUCACCUGAGGAAGAGGAUUCUCUCCUGGCUCUCGUCAGAAAUGAACUCAGGCUGGGUCCUGUUAGGUUAGCCGGGUUCGAAAAGCUGCAGAGAGAGCUUAAGACUCUGGAUCCCAUCUCUGGAUUUCUUCCUCAGUCCCAGCUGAGCUCCCUCCUUCUGAAGCAUGAAGUCCCUCUACAAUUACCAACUGUCAAGCGCCUCUUUGAGAGGUUUUCUGAGGCAAAUGACUCUGAAUUGGUAAAUUCUGAAAAUCUGAUUCAGUUUCUAAGACUAGCUGCAGCAGUUGAAAUGCAGAAUAUCAAGACAUGUGAUCUGGGUCUUCAAGCAAAGAGUGUAACUUUAAAGGAUCAAAACAAAAGCUCUCUGGCUCCUGAAGACACAUUACAGAUCUUGAAGCAAAUAUUGGAGGAAUAUAAGGGGGAACUAGACAUGGAGAAACUGAGCCUGAGUUUUCAAAAAGAAGAUAAGUCUUUCUCCGGCCUUCUCUCUCUCUAUGAGAUUGAGACUGUUUGCCAGAAGCAUAGACUAACUCUAACUCCUUUAUUGCUGGAAGCUUUGCUCAACAACCAUGAUUUGUGCAAACAAGGCAAAAUACAGUGGAAGAAGUUUGUGGAGUUGCUCAAGAAAGCUCAUUCUGAUGCGAUUCCUAAUUUGCCUGUUCCUGUGGGGGGAUUCAAAGAGGAAAUCGGCGAUGAUGUGGCUGCCCGUCUGGAAAACACCAAAGAGCAUGAAAUUCUUGCUUCCAAGACUUGGGCUCGAAACUAUCCCGCCACUGAAGGAAAAGAAAGACCAGCGAUCCAGUCUUUCUUCAGUCCGACUGACUCCAGUGACUCUGAAGAGCAGGAGGCCUGGAUAGACCGGUUCAGAAAACUAGAGAGAGCUCUUUAUUUGUGUGAUAUAAAAAACACAGGCAUGCUGGAAAAGGAAAAAGCAAAGCGUCUAAUCCACAACUACAACCUCAUCUAUGAUCUAUCCCUGAGUCCUCUGAAAAUUGAUCAAGCUUUCCGAAACUUCCGUUGUGGAGAAAACAUGCCAUUGCAGCCGGUGCUGCAGUAUUUAAAAGAGUUGUAACAAAUACUUACUAGACCAUUCUCACGAGUUCUGUUUUUCACCCAAUGUCAAAUUUCUCUCAGACUGAAUGUUGGUGAUGUCCUAAUUACUACAGCAUGUUAAUAACUCUCCAUACUCUAAAAAAGAGGAAGCAAAACCAGAAACAACUGAAUCUUAUACCUGAGUGAAAUGUUAAUAAAGCUGCUGGGUUUGAAAUAAAACUAAAUGGCCAUGAAGAGUCAGGGCUUUGGCUCUGAUACUUAGAGAUGAGCUCAAGCUUCAGAACUCAGAGACUGAUGUCGUUCUGGAUUUCUAAACCCAAAGCCUGAGACUAUCUGGAUUGGA